UUGAAUUCUUUGGUCCUUGAUCUGGAUUAUCCAGCGCUCAGGAAGAACAAGAACAUCGAUAAUUUCUUAAAUAGAUAUGAGAAGAUUGUGGAAAAAAUCCGAGCUUUGCAGAUGAAAGCUGAAGACUACGAUGUUGUUAAGGUGAUUGGAAGAGGAGCUUUUGGAGAAGUGCAGCUGGUUCGCCAUAAAAUGACACAGAAGGUUUAUGCAAUGAAGCUGCUUAGUAAAUUUGAAAUGAUCAAGAGAUCAGAUUCAGCCUUUUUCUGGGAAGAAAGGGAUAUCAUGGCCUUUGCCAACAGUCCGUGGGUGGUUCAGCUAUUUUGUGCCUUUCAAGAUGACAAAUACUUGUACAUGGUAAUGGAAUACAUGCCAGGAGGAGAUCUUGUAAACCUUAUGAGCAAUUACGAUGUGCCUGAGAAAUGGGCCAAGUUCUACACAGCCGAAGUUGUUCUUGCUCUUGAUGCAAUUCACUCCAUGGGCUUGAUACACAGAGAUGUGAAGCCUGACAAUAUGCUUUUAGAUAAAUAUGGGCACCUGAAGCUGGCAGAUUUUGGCACUUGCAUGAAAAUGGAUGAAACAGGUAUGGUGCGCUGCGAUACAGCUGUGGGAACCCCCGACUACAUAUCGCCCGAAGUUUUGAAAUCGCAAGGGGGUGAUGGUUAUUACGGACGGGAAUGUGACUGGUGGUCUGUAGGAGUUUUCCUCUUUGAGAUGCUAGUUGGUGAUACUCCUUUUUAUGCAGACUCGCUGGUAGGAACAUACAGUAAAAUUAUGGAUCAUAAGAACUCGCUACAUUUCCCAGAUGAUGUGGAAAUCUCUAAGCAUGCAAAGAACCUUAUCUGUGCCUUUUUAACUGAUAGGGAUGUGCGACUUGGGAGAAACGGGGUAGAAGAAAUAAAGCAUCACCCUUUUUUCAAGAGUGAUCAGUGGAACUGGGACAACAUUCGAGAGACUGCUGCUCCUGUUGUGCCUGAGCUUAGCAGUGACAUAGACAGCAGUAAUUUUGAUGACAUUGAGGACGACAAGGGAGACGUGGAAACCUUUCCAAUCCCCAAAGCCUUCGUUGGAAACCAGCUGCCUUUUAUAGGAUUUACCUACUAUAGAGACAAUUUGUUGCUAAGUGACUCCUCUCAGUCUUGCAGAGAAAAUGAAUCCGUGCAAUCUAGUAAAAAUGAGGACAGCAAGGAGUUUCAGAAAAAACUAAGCAAGCUAGAAGAACAGCUCAGUAACGAACUACAAGCCAAAGAUGAACUAGAACAGAAGUACAGGUCUACCAAUACUCGUUUAGAGAAGAUAGUGAAAGAGCUGGAUGAAGAGAUAACUUCAAGGAAAAAUGUGGAGUCUGCAGUCAGACAGUUAGAAAGAGAGAAGGCUCUUCUUCAGCAUAAGAAUACAGAAUACCAGAGAAAAGCAGAACACGAAGCAGAUAAGAAGCGCAAUUUGGAAAAUGAGGUUAACAGUUUGAAAGACCAGCUUGAAGAUUUAAAAAAGAGGAAUCAGAACUCUCAAAUAUCCAAUGAGAAAAUCAAUCAACUACAAAGACAGUUGGAUGAAGCCAACUCUUUGCUGCGAUCAGAGUCUGAUACUGCAGCCAGGUUAAGGAAGAACCAGACAGAAAGCACGAAGCAAAUCCAGCAGCUGGAGGCCAAUAAUCGAGAAUUACAAGAUAAGAACUGCCUGCUAGAGAAUGCUAAACUCAAACUGGAGAAGGACUUUCUCAAUCUGCAGUCAGCUCUAGAAUCAGAAAGGAGGGAUAGAAGUCAUGGAUCAGAGAUUAUCAGUGAUUUACAAGGUCGAAUAUCUAGCCUGGAAGAAGAAGUGAAAAGUGGCAAGAGUGCAUUAGCCAAACUGGAAAUGGAGAAGAGACAAUUGCAGGAAAAACUUACAGAUUUAGAAAAGGAAAAGAGCAACAUGGAAAUAGAUAUGACGUAUAAAUUCAAAGUUAUGCAGCAGAACCUUGAGCAAGAAGAAGCUGAACAUAAAGCCACAAAGGCACGGUUAGCAGAUAAAAAUAAGAUUUAUGAGUCCAUAGAGGAAGCAAAAUCUGAAGCCAUGAAAGAAAUGGAGAAGAAACUUUUGGAAGAGAGAGCUUUAAAGCAAAAAGUAGAGAAUCGGUUGUUAGAAGCGGAAAAGCAGCGCUCAAUGUUGGACUGUGAUCUCAAACAAUCACAACAGAAAAUCAACGAGCUCCUUAGGCAAAAGGAUAUACUAAAUGAAGAUGUAAAAAACCUGACGUUAAAAAUAGAGCAAGAAACACAAAAGCGCUGUCUCACUCAAAAUGACCUCAAGAUGCAAACGCAACAGGUCAACACCUUGAAAAUGUCAGAGAAGCAGUUAAAACAGGAGAAUAACCAUCUUCAGGAAAUCAAAUUAAGUCUGGAAAAACAGAAUAAUGAACUCCGGAAGGAACGUCAAGAUGCAGAUGGACAAAUGAAAGAGCUUCAGGACCAACUUGAAGCUGAACAGUACUUCUCGACUCUGUAUAAGACACAAGUUCGUGAACUGAAAGAAGAAUGUGAGGAAAAGACCAAGCUUUGUAAAGAAAUGCAGCAAAAGAUACAGGAGUUACAGGAUGAGAGAGAUUCCUUGGCUGCUCAGCUAGAGAUUACCUUGACCAAAGCGGAUUCAGAACAACUUGCGCGUUCCAUUGCUGAAGAGCAGUACUCUGAUCUGGAAAAGGAGAAGAUUAUGAAGGAGCUGGAGAUUAAAGAGAUGAUGGCUAGGCAUAAGCAGGAGCUUACUGAGAAAGAUGCCACCAUAGCCUCUCUGGAGGAAGCAAAUCGGACGCUAACCAGCGAUGUGGCUAAUCUUGCCAAUGAGAAAGAAGAACUGAACAAUAAACUAAAGGAAGUACAAGAACAAAUCACAAAGCUAAAAGAAGAAGAAGCAAAUGUAGGAAAUAUUAAAGCACAAUUUGAGAAACAGUUGUUGAACGAGAGAACACUGAAAACCCAGGCUGUGAAUAAACUGGCCGAGAUCAUGAAUCGGAAGGGUCCAGUCAAGCGUGGAGCUGACACUGAUGUACGGCGGAAGGAGAAGGAAAAUAGGAAACUGCAUAUGGAACUGAAGUCUGAACGAGAAAAGUUAACCCAAAUGAUGAUCAAAUAUCAGAAGGAAAUCAAUGAAAUGCAGGCACAAAUAGCAGAAGAGAGCCAGAUACGGAUUGAACUCCAGAUGACUCUGGACAGCAAAGACAGUGACAUUGAACAGCUUCGUUCACAGCUACAGUCAUUGCACAUUGGUCUAGACAACAGUAGCAUUGGCAGUGGACCUGGAGAUGCUGAGGCAGAUGAUGGAUUCCCUGUCCAUAUCACUCAGUCCCACACUAUGGAAUCCAUGUCUUUCACCUACCAGCACUCCUCUACCUCUGUCAGUAUCGCCACUAAGCCUUCCAGUUCUCGCAUGCUUCUUGAUUCUGAUUCUGACUCAGAGGAAGAACCUUUGUCUUGUUCCCACAGCCCUACAGAAGUUGAUAGCACAGAAUCCAGAUUGGAGGGCUGGCUGUCACUGCCUGUUAGAAAUAACACCAAGAAAUUUGGAUGGGUUAAAAAGUACGUAAUUGUAAGCAGCAAGAAGAUCCUAUUCUAUGACAGCGAACAAGAUAAAGAACAAUCUAAUCCCUACAUGGUAUUAGAUAUAGACAAACUCUUCCAUGUCCGACCAGUCACUCAGACUGAUGUGUACAGAGCUGAUGCCAAGGAAAUUCCGAGGAUAUUCCAGAUUCUAUAUGCUAAUGAAGGAGAGAGCAAAAAGGAACAGGAAUUUCCUGUGGAGCCCAUGGGAGAGAAGUCAAAUUACAUUUGUCACAAAGGACAUGAGUUUAUACCUACUCUUUAUCACUUUCCGACCAACUGUGAAGCUUGUAUGAAGCCUCUGUGGCAUAUGUUUAAACCUCCUCCUGCUCUGGAAUGUCGCCGUUGCCAUAUCAAAUGUCACAAAGAUCACAUGGAUAAAAAAGAAGAGAUUAUAGCACCUUGCAAAGUGUAUUAUGAUAUUUCAACGGCAAAGAAUCUACUACUGUUAGCUAAUUCUACGGAAGAGCAGCAAAAAUGGGUGAGCCGACUGGUGAAAAAAAUACCCAAGAAGCCUCCGGCACCAGAUCCCUUUGCUCGAUCUUCUCCCAGAACUUCCAUGAAGGUACAGCCAAACCAGUCCAUCAGACGACCAAGUCGACAGCUUCCGCCAAACAAACCAAGUUUGCUUUCUGCAUCACCUGGAGGACUUGGUUGUCCCAGUCCCCAGUUGCUGACAGCCUGUGAGAAGCGUGGUCUGAUGGGUUUCGUUCGUGGCAGCAGCCAGGGCUUCGCGCUUUAA